AAUCCCUCCUCCCCAUAUCGCCCAACUCAUUAGAGAAGUUUUUAGGGAAAAACAUCACAACUCCAAUAGAAUAAUUUAGGUUUUCUACUUUGAUCGCCGAUCGACGGUCCAGAUUUGUUUUGAUUAUCCAACGGCUUUGAUUGUUUUCCGCCAUUAGAGAGAUACACGCGAGGUUUUUCCAAGGGAAGAGAGAGAAAGUUUGGUUGUUCUAUAUUGAUUAUUCCGACGGCUGUUGAUUGUUCCAGUAUUGUUCUUCUCUGUAAUCCGACGGCUGUAAAUCAUUUUGUUUUGUUGGCGGCGUGGUAGUAGAGAGAAAGCGAGGUUCCGAGUGUUGAAAUUUGAAGAGUUUCCAGAAGAUUUAUGGUGAAGUUUCAUUGUUGAUUCAAUUGAUUUGCUAUUUCGGAAGUGGAGGAGAAAUUGUGUUUUUGGAUUAAAGAAAAAAAAAUAAUUUACAGGUAUUUGUAAACCCUAGUUUUUUUGUUGAUUUGUCACGCUUUUUGUAAUCUGGUGUUGAAAUCAAAUUGAAGGUUCAUCAUUGAAAAAAAAUUUUGGUCGAUUUGUGACGAGAAAUUUUGUUAGGGAUUUUUCUCUUAAAAAGCGAUUUCGGCAUUUUAAUUGGCGAGAUGAUGAAGAAUCUACAUGAUUUGAUGGUUAUUAUAGCGAAUAAGCUGCGUUUCUUCUAUGGUGGCAAAGAAAUAUCUUUAAACACUUGGAUGAGAGGUUUUAUUAUAAUUCUAUGUGCUCUUUUAUUGUAUGAUAUGAUUUUGAGCAAGAAACCAGCAGGGAUUAUCAGCUUUGCAGAGGGAAGAUCAGAUCAUUCAAUAUAGUUAGUAAAAUAGGGUUUUUGAACUUUGAGUUGAUUAUAUAUACCUGCAAAAUCACAAGAAAUCUGAUGGAUUCCUUUGUUUAGUUGUGGAUCAUGUUACCCGUGAUUCGAGUGAUUGGAUCUAGUUGAAGAUUAUGAUGUAGUAAUUGUAGUUUUUAAGAUAUUGCUUCAGAUCUUUCUUCGAAGUUGAAAAGGAUAGCUUGAACUACACGUUAGGUGCCUUCGCUUGUGAAUUCUUAAUUAGUUAGGUCUAUGACUCUAUGUCCGCUUUGUAGCGAAACAGAUCCUUGAUUUGCCUCUUAAUGGAGCUUAUGAGAUAUAUGAGAUGAAUCUACCACUACUUUGUGUUCCUGUGUAGUGCUUUUUUUGUUGGGGGAAAAAAACUGGUUGGGCGGUUGGACCUCUUACCUCAAAAUUAUCAUGUUUAUUUAUUUGUUUUAGUCAUUAUCUUUUUGGGGUUCGAUUAACCACAAAUUCCUUGAAUAUGUGGUAUCUGUGGAGUGUUAAGGCUUCAGUUUGCACCUAUGGAAUAUCACACAGGCUUACAAUCAGGUUCACACGCUGUUUGCCGCAAGGUAGGCUACUGGUGCCAUAGAAGCUGCAUCAAUUUAUCCUUUUCGUAGUGCUCAAAUUUAUUUAUUCCGUUUGGGCAAUCUAGCCUGUGUAGUUAAAACAGUUAGAGACGGCAUUUGGAAAGCGUUCUGUCAAUAGAUCUGUUGUUGAUGGGAUUGAAUCCCGUUUUGAAAGCAUGACCACAGUUGGACUGGAACUUACACGUUUUAUUGAUCCCAGCUUGACUUGGAAGACAGUAUCCAAAGGGAGGAAUACAUCAAGGCGUUCAAGGAGGGCAGCAUCAAAAAGCAUGAAAAUGAUCCAGGUACAGGAGAAAAGAAGCCCAAAACGACCUAAUAGCAUGCAGCUUUCAGAGUCUGAGAAGUCUAAUGAAAUGGUUGAUGGGCGCCAUUUUUCUGGUAACAUGGAGAGUAUUCCUAUCAAGAAGAGGAAGUUUUUAUAUAGAUCUCCUUCACCUCCCCAUCAAUCUCCCACUCCCCAGACAGAUUCUGGCGGGCUUGUAGUUGCCCAGUGCACUUCGGAUCAAUGCACACACUUCGACGUAACCACAGAGUCUCAAGUUGUGCACCUCAAUUUUUCUAGUGGACCAACAUCAAAACUUUCUGAUUCUGAUUGUAAUAUUGAUGAGAAGUCCCCAAUUGAAGCUCCAGGUUCCGGGGAGGAUUUCUCAGGUAUUGCCAUACUUGCUGCAGCAGCUUGUAGUGAUCGAUUAGAUAAUUGUACUGAUGAUGCUGGAAAGAGUCAAAUUCAGAUGUUUGACAUUUUAGGUAAGGAGCAAGAUGAAUCGUUUGCUCCCGCGUCCAAUGUCGAAGAAAGUAAUAUAUGUGUUCAGUCACCUGAAUUUUGUGUUAAGGAUACUCAACGUGUUAAUGGAGUAUUUGCUAUAGAUAUGCGAAAAGAUGAUUCUCAAGUGGUUUGUGCAAACAAUGACACUGAUGAUGCUGGUCUGAGUCAAAUAAAUGAGUGUCAAUUAGCACAACAAAAUGAGUUUGUUGCUGUUACAUCUGUCAAUAAAGUAAGUGUUGAAUGCAUUGAUGUACUCAAGUUGGAUAAAAGUGAUGAUGCACAUGUUAACAAAGAUCUUAUUGCGAAAGAUCAUCAUGAAGCUUCUGAUAAAUCUACUAAGAAUUCAGGUUCAACUCGGGAUUAUAGAUUUCACUGGGAUUUGAAUACUGUGUAUAUGGAUGAGUUAGAUCAUCCUGGGGAUGAUGAAUUAUGUGUUGAUUCUAGUACUUGUUUUGUGGAAGUUCCACCAAAGAAUAUUAUGGAGUCCCAAAAUUCUGAUAAUGAGGAAGAUUCUCAGGCAAAAAGAUAUGAGAUCCAGAACUUAGAGGAUGGAGAAGGUUUGGGGGAAAAGAGAUCUGAAGCUACUGAGAAAGGUGAAAGAGUUACUUCCCAACUUGAGGCCUGUAAAGAGGCUGAAUGCUUGGGAUUGCCAAAUAAUGCUAAUUUUAUUAGUGUACUUCCCACAGCCAGCAAGAUGGAACAUUGUUCAGAAGUAUCGUCUGGCUUUGAGACUAACAUCAUAAAGGAAACUUCCUCUACUUCCAAUGUCAAUAAUCAUGUGGUAGGAACCUCAAUAUGUGUCACUGAUUCUGCAAUCCAACCAGAGUUGGUUAGUGAAGAUGCCACUAUUGAUCACUCUCUUUCUUUGGGGUUAAAUGGCACACAAAAACCAGCAGCUGAAGUGACUUGUAAUGAGACGGGUUCUGAUAUUGUAAAUGAAGUUGCUGAAGAAACUAUUUGUUCUAUGCAACCCAUUCAGUCUAAAGAGCUUGGCAUUUGUUUUUUUGCACCACUCACAGAAAGUGCCCUCUCGGACGGAAAGGAUGCUGACUGCAUAAAUGUUGAAGAUCUAAAAGAAACAAAUGAAAGAAGUAAUAAUGAAGUGGCCACUACGACCUGCCAACCUACUGCAACCAAAUCCCUUGGUAGCAGUAAGUGUGAAAUUUCAGUCUCAUUAAAAUCAUGGGAGGUUUCUUCCAAGGUCAAUGAUCUUAACUGUAAGGUUCCUGAAGCAUCUGAGAAUCUGAUCUCUUUGGUUGACUGUGAAGUUAAACAUGGAGAAGUCAUUGGUCUACCACUAGAAUGUCAGCCUUGCUCUGAAAAUCAAAUGGGAGAGUUGAAAAAUUUUAAUGCCCCCCUAUGCACAAGCAAACUUGAGGAUAUGGUUACUACUUCAAUGACUAUGGGUAGUGAUCUAGCCAUUGGAGGAGUAAUUACAAAAGAACUUGAAGAAAAACCUACUGUCACAUGUGUCUCCAAAAGUGACCCCUUGAAUGACCAUGGAUUUGACUCUCUUAUACCUAAAGCAUUGGAUGGAAAUGUAGCUGUUGAUGUAAGCUACAAACCAAUGGAUGGCCAUCUUGUUCAGGAUUCUUUGGGUAUCGGCCAGAGACCUUAUAUUUCUAAUGACAAUUCAAAUCAAAUUAGUGUAAAUGCUGGAAUGGUUACUGAAAUGGAAAUAGGUUAUGAAUCUCAUUUGGAAGAUGGAGAGUUGAGAGAGUCACACUACUGGGAGGAUAAUGAAGGUGAGGAAGGGGAUACUGAACAUGUGGAUUAUGAUUCUGAUAAUAAGGAUGGUGCUGUUUUUUAUGAAACUGCUAAUGAAUCUGUCCAAAUGUCAGGAGAAGUGCUGGUUGGGGAGGGUGAGAACCAAAGUUUUCAGCCGGAUACUAUUAAUUCUGUUGAUGAUAAGCCAAAUCCUGUACAGAGUAUUGAAGAAAACUGCUCUUCUUUGAUUGAAGGUUGUGUGUCAAUAGUGGAUGCCACAGAAGCGGUGUGUGAAAAGAGAGAAUCUUUAUCCUUGAAGGCAUGUCCAGGAGCCAAUGAUUCUAAAAAGGUAGAGAUGACGCAAACAGAUUGCAGGUCAAGUGUGGAAGCUGAUAGCACAGGAAAAGAUGUUGAUAAUGAACCUCCAUGCAAUGCCAGCGACGCCUCUGCAAGUGUAAGAGAUCUGCAGAUUUCAGAUAGAAUUUGUACUGAUUCUAUGAGAAGAAGCAGAUCUGGCAACUUUGAUUCUAUGCAUCAUGGCGAUUGUCCUGAUGAAUCCUUGACCAGGAGCCAGCAUUCUUUACAGAAGACGGGUCGGUUUGGUGGUCGUUCUUGGAAUCAACAAGAGUUGAAAAGUGUUGUUGCCAAUUCUACCUCAGAAGAUGAUGGGGAGAGAAUUCCUAGAGGUUCAGGCGAUACUUCGCCGCUUAGAGGUCGCAAGCCUCGAAUCAUAAGCACUUCUCGAGGUGGCUACAGCGAUUAUGGUAUGGGAAUGAUAAAGGGUAGAGACAUUAGCCCAGAUAAUAAUUCGAGCAGCAGGUUUAGGAGAUUCAAUGGUAUUAGUAGGGGGGGAUUCAGAGAGGGAUAUCGAAGACCUGGUGUUUAUGAAGGUCCAAAGUCUGGUUUCGGUGGGCCCAUGUUGAAUCGUUUUAGCAGAAGGGAUAGGAGCUUCUCUCCAGUUGGUGAUAGGUUCCAUAGAAAGCCCAGAUCGAGAUCAAGAACUCGCUCACCUGAUUUCAAGUGUGAAGGUAGAAUGGGAAGAGGAAGGUUGCCGUUUCAGCAAGCCAAUCACUCUGCUGAGCAUACUAGAGAAAGGAGAUCACCAGUGAGGGUUUUCAAUCAAGGCCAAAGAUUUGAUGUUAAUGAUUCACCUGGAAGAUUGAGGUCGGAUGAUUGCGUAAGAUCAAAUAUGCGCACUAUAAGGUUCCAUGAUGCUACUACGUCUGGUAGGGGUCAUGACUUUGAGGAGGGUGAUGAUUUUAGGAGGAAACCAUUUUUGCGGAACAAUAGGAGAUCUCGAUCAAGGUCUCGAAGUUGUUCUCCUGAUUUCAGACCUGAUGCUAGAAUAAGCUCAAUGAGGGUCCCAUUCCAGCCACCUGUAGAUCAAAUCCGAGAUCGAAGGUCUCCUGCAAGAGUUUUCCGUCCAGAUCAAAGGUAUGAUGGUAGUGGUUCUCCCGUAAGAUUAAGAUCUGAUGAGUGCUUGAGACCCAUGAGGCGGCCAAUAAGAUUUUCCGACUCAACUCAGCCAGGAAGGGCCCAUGAAUUUAACAAUAAUGGUAACAGCAGCGGUGAUGAAUACAGGAGGAAGCCUCGGAACAUUUUCGAAAGAAUUCAUCCAAUAAGGCAUUAUGAUGCAGAGGGAGAUGUCAGGCGAUUUCAGUACGACGAUGAAGAGGCUGUGCCUAACCAAAACUUUCGCAGGAUUGAAAACAACUUCGUUAGGGGCGGUGAGAGGAGACCCGUAGAGUUUAAUAGAGGUCCUAGAGAAGAAAGGGGUCAUGCUAGAUAUAAUAAUUCUGAGAGGAUGUUUUACUCAGGCCCGAAGCAGUUUGGCGCUGUGCGCGAGACAAGGACAGUCUUCCGAGGAGAAUAAGACCAUGAUCUUCCGGCUUCUGCGUAGUGAGUCUUAUUUAUUAGGAGUAUUAUGAUCUGGGGCUUUUGUAUUGAUGGAAAUGUUAACAUUCCUGCAAUAGUUCCAUCUUUUUCUGUAUAGUUUUCAUUUUCCUGCCAGCUUUCAUUUGUAACCGCUUUGAGGUGAUAAAUGAUAGGAGUAGUAGUUACAGUAUUUAUUUUUAAUGCCAUUUAAGUUCAGCUGUA